UAGCCCCAUAUUCUUAAUAACAUACUCUUAUGGCUGGCAAUCUUCAGUCUGCUCCCAAAAUUUACAGAACUAGCUUUAUUCUCCUUACAAGUUGCUUCUGAAGCUGUAUGGCUUAUUUUGGACUCUGGAUUCAGAUCAUCUGGGCUUAAAUCUCAACUUUGCCAUUUGCUUUGUGACCUUGGACAGACUGGACAAGCCCACUGCUAUGGACAGUGCCAUUACCCUGUGGCAGUUCCUUCUUCAGCUCCUGCAGGAGCCUCAGAAUGAGCACAUGAUCUGCUGGACCUCUAACAAUGGGGAGUUCAAGCUUUUGCAGGCAGAAGAGGUUGCUCGUCUCUGGGGAAUUCGCAAGAACAAGCCUAACAUGAAUUAUGACAAACUCAGCCGAGCCCUCAGAUACUAUUAUGUAAAGAAUAUCAUCAAAAAAGUGAAUGGUCAGAAGUUUGUGUACAAGUUUGUCUCUUACCCAGAGAUUUUGAAAAUGGAUCCAAUGACAGUGGGUAGGAUUGAGGGAGACUAUGAAACUUUAAACUCCAGUGAAGUCAGCAACAAUUCCAAAGAUGUGGAGAAUGGAGGGAAAGAGAAACCACCUCAGCCUGGUGCCAAGACCUCUAGUCGCAAUGAUUACAUACACUCUGGCUUGUAUUCUUCAUUUACUCUCAACUCUUUGAACACCUCCAAUAAGAAGCUUUUCAAGUCAAUAAAGAUGGAGAAUCCUGCUGAGAAACUGGCAGAGAAAAAAUCUCCUCAGGAGCCAACACCAUCUGUCAUCAAAUUUGUGACAACACCUUCUAAGAAGCCUCCCAUUGAACCUGUUGCUGUCACCAUUUCAACUGGCUCAAGUAUUUCCCCGUCUUCUGAUGAAACUAUCCAAGCAUUGGAGACAUUGGUUUCCCCUAAACUGCCUUCCCUGGAAUCCCCAACUUCUGCAUCCAGCGUAGCUACCAGUUUUACCCCUACACCUCCUGUUCCGUCCAUUCCCCCUUCUUUGAAGGAGCUUCCUAGGACACUUUCUCCACCGCUGGGCUCCAACCCAGACAUCGACACAGACAUUGAUUCAGUGGCUUCUCAGCCAAUGGAACUUCCAGAGAACUUGUCACUGGAUCCUAAAAAUGAAGAUUCAGCUUUGCCAGAAAAGGACAAAACAAAUAAUUCAUCAAGAUCCAAGAAACCCAAAGGGUUAGAACUGGCUCCUACCCUUGUGAUUACAGGCAGUGACCCAAGCCCACUGGGGAUAUUAAGCCCAUCUCUCCCUACAGCUUCUCUUACACCAGCACUUUUUUCACAGACACCCAUCUUGUUGACUCCAAGCCCCUUGCUCUCCAGUAUCCACUUUUGGAGUACUCUCAGCCCUGUGGCUCCCCUGAGUCCAGCCAGACUGCAAGGUGCUAACACGCUUUUCCAGUUUCCUUCUGUGCUGAACAGUCAUGGGCCGUUCACUCUUUCUGGCCUGGAUGGACCUUCUACUCCUGGCCCAUUUUCCCCAGACCUGCAGAAGACAUAACCUACGCACUUUUGAAGUGAGAGAACCAAGGAACAAAGAAAUAGACGCUCGACAUGAUUGCGUUUGAAGUGAGAGAUCCAUAGUUCUACAAUGCUGAUAAUAUACAAUUGUGAUUUUUGUCAUUUUCCACUGAAAUACCUUUUUAGGAUUCCCUCCCAUUAGGACUCAAUUUGGAUUAUAUGUAAAAAUGCCUUAAUUGGAGACAAA